AUGGUGAAAUUGUUAAGCAUAAGACAUAUACCAGAAAACACCAUUGCAUAUCCUAAUGCAGACCACCAUGGACAAAACCAAUUUUCUCCCCUGCCUGAGUCCCUAGUUCGCUACAGUCCACCUAUCAAGAAAAAAAGUUUAUUUUUAGCCUAUGUGUUAGCGUUAUCUCCCCUUGGUUUGCUGGGAGCGCAUCAUUUUUACCUGAAGCGCCGCAUAUGGGGUAAACUUUAUGCGUGCACACUUGGACUUCUAGGAGUUGGUUAUUUCGUCGACUGGUUCCGUAUCCCAGAGCUGGUCAGAGAGUAUAAUUACCCACAUAAAAGAAAACAAUUAUGGAAGGUUUCAGAAGCUUACAUGUUAUGGCUGCCAUUUGGGUUACUUGGGUUUCACCAGUACUAUUUGGGUAACGGACGCACGGCUAUUCGGUAUACAUUUAGUUUGGGCGGUUUGGGAAUAGCGUGGAUUAGAGAUCUGUACCAAAUACCAACAUUAGUGAAAAUGAAAAACGAAGAUGAACUUAUACUGAGGCGAACGAAGAAAAAUAUUUACACCGCUUAUCUUUAUUGUAUAACCGGAGGCUUUUUUGGGAUUCAUCAUUGGUAUUUGAACCGUAGUCCUUGGUCGGUAGGUUAUCAACUCUCUCUGGGCGUUUUUGGACUAGGUUGGGUGCUCGAUCUGAUCCGCAUGCCUUGGCUGGUAUCCCGUGCUAACGAUGAGAUUAUAGGCAAGAGAUCCCCAGAGACGCUGGUACUCGAGGAAGCUUACCUUCUAUGGUUGACGCUUGGAUUACUGGGCGCUCACAACUUCUAUUUAAACCGCCCUGGUUGGGGGGUGUUGUACAUCUUUACCCUAGGAUUCUUAGGUAUUGGCUGGCUGAUUGACGCUGUCAGAAUACCAAAGCUGGUGAAAGAUUACAACGAAGAGCUGACUCCCCCGAGUCCCACACCUGCAGUAGCCACCACACCUGCAGUAGCAAUAACCAGCCAUGCGCAGGUUGUCACCUGGCGGUCAGGUUCGGCUCAGGAUGGAAUUUCAGGCAUCGAAAUUCAGGGUAUGUCAAACCCAUCUACGUACCUCUAGAGACUAUAUUCAACUACAAGACAGAUCAAUGUACAGAUACACCUGGAUCAAACUACCUGCCUGUGUACAGAUCUAGAGUACAGAUCUGCUUGAACUCACUGUAUGAUUGUCUGCAAUAUCUCAAUACUUGUUUUAAAUAGCCCUGUUUACGAUCACUUCUUGUAUUAGAUGUAUCUUUAGCUAGACGAAGAUAUGCGAUGAAUAUUAACAACAGGUGAACUCUACUUCACCUGCCGUAUUUAUGUCAGACUCUACAAGGAUACUUUUCUUAUUAUAUACAUCUAUAUCUGAUUGUACGUCUGUGAUCA